AUGUACAGGGGUGAUAUUUGCGACCUGACUGAGAAUGUGAAUUUUGAAGCCGUGUUCAUACCAGUUCUGUACUCUGUGGUGUUUGUUGUUGGCCUGCUUGGGAACGGAUUGCUGUUGGGAAUACUGGCUCAGAGUAGGAAGACCUGGAGUGUGACAGAUAUAUUCAUCCUUCAUCUGGGAGUGGCAGAUAUUCUGAUGCUGGUGACGCUGCCCAUCUGGGCAGUACAGUAUGCCCAAAGUGAUGGAUGGACUUUUGGUACUCCCCUGUGCAUGAUCAGUGGAAGUGUCUUUAUGAUUAACUUCUACUGUGGGAUCCUUCUCCUGGCCUGCAUCAGUCUGGACCGCUACCUGUCCAUCGUCCAUGCUACACAGAUGUACUCAAGGAAGAAGCCUUGGGUUGCCCAGGCCAGCUGCCUGAUGAUGUGGUUCUUUUCCCUGCUUCUCUCCAUUAUUGACUGGAUCUUUUUAGAAGAAAUGUUUGAUGAUAGACGAGGCAGAAGAGAGUGUGUUCAUAACUAUCGUAAAUUUGAUGUAAACGCAGAAGACUCUUGGAGGUUGGCAUCACGCAUGAUUUAUCUCAUAGUGGGCUUUGUGCUUCCUUCCGGUGUCAUGAUUUUCUGUUACUCCCGCAUCCUGGAUCAGCUGAGGUGUGGUGCCCAGAGCCUUCAAAAGCAGAGAGCUUUUAAAGUUAUUGUGGCUGUGGUGGUGGUUUUCUUUAUCUGCUGGGCACCGUACAACUUCACACUCUUAGUGGAAACGGGUUUUUUUUACCCUGUCCUCACUAUGAUGGAAGAUGAAAAGAUUACAGUGACAGGGGAGGACCUUGACUGGUCUGAUUUCUACGAGAACUAUAACUAUUCAGACUCGAAUGGCUCUUAUGAAGGGGGUGAUAUUUGCAGCCUGACUGAGACUGUGAAUUUUGAAGCUGUGUUCAUACCAGUUCUGUACUCUGUGGUGUUCGUUGUUGGUCUGCUUGGGAACGGAUUGCUGUUGAGAUACUGGCUCGGAGUAGGAAGACCUGGAGUGCGACAGAUACUUUCAUCCUUCCAUCUGGGAGUGGCAGAUAUCCUGAUGCUGGUGACGCUGCCCAUCUGGGCAGUACAAAAUGUGUACAUAGACAGUGGAACCACCACUUACACACUGAUCCUAUAA